AGCAAGUAUGACGUAUGCACGUGUGAGCCAUUGAAUCGUACUGGGAGUCUGCCUUUUUUUCUUUUUGGCGAUCAGUCGGUCACUCCGAUGCGAUUAGAAGCCAUAUUUCUUAGCGAGGGUUUACAAUUGGGCAGAAGCACUCUUCAGGUUACUGAUCAUGGUGUUGACACAUACUUCGGACUAUGCACAUAUCCUGGACGUGAGCUACGCCACCGAAUAGAUUUUAAGUUCUAGUGAGAUGGCAGCUUCACAUAAUGUCGAGAUGGAGGCUGCCAAGUUUCUUCAGAAACUUAUUCAAGAAUCUAAAGAUGAACCUGCAAAAUUGGCUACAAAACUUUAUGUGAUAUUGCAACAUAUGAAAUCGAGUGGCAAGGAACAUUCAAUGCCAUAUCAAGUAAUAUCAAGGGCCAUGGAGACUGUUAUUGAUCAACAUGGCCUUGACAUUGAAGCUUUGAAGCUAUCACGCCUUCCUUUGACCAGUGGUAAUCAAAUGGGUGAUUCAACAUCUGCUCAAUUUGCUGGGUCAUCACAAAGCGGCGGGGUUGCAAAAGAUUCAAAAGUGGGCUUGGCCGAAAAUGAGAUGUCUAAAGUUGACCCAUUUACUUCAAACAGGCCACCUGUUGGCCCAAGCAGUGCAGGACAUGAUUAUUAUCAAGGAUCUGUGGCUCAUCGGAAUAGUCAGUCUUUUGAUCAUGAAAGUCCAUCUAGUUUGGAUUCUAGGUCUGCCAACUCAAAAUCACAAGAAAGGCAGCAGAGAGAUGGUAAAAAAGUCACCACAAAGAGGAAGAGGGGAGAUACAUCAUUACAAGUGGAACAGAAUAUUGAUAACAAACUUGAUACUCGAAACGCUGUUGUCAAUCCAAGGAAAGGGAAGAUGAACAAGGUUGAACCACCUGCGAGUCUUUCAGUUAAAGGGGGUGAGAAUACCAACUUUAAUGUGGUUCCAAGUAGUGGCCAAAUGGAACAUUUUGCAUCUUUGUCUGGUAGCAUGAGACCAACGCUUAGAGCCAAGCAAGAGGGCCAGCAUAUGAUAGAAAAGCAGAUGGAGUCAGCAAAUAUAAGCAAUUCAAUGCGGUUUUCUUCUAAUGUUGCUCCUGGUAAUAUGACAGCAGAGAUUCCGACACAGCAGUCAACAACUCCGUCUCUUGGAACAAGUGCUUUUGGAAAGGUUCAGGGAGGGAUGCCUGUUGCCUCUAGCUCUUAUCCGGCAGUAGACCCAGGAUUCUCAAGUCCAAUGCAAUUCAGUGGUUCUUUGGGGCCUGGAGUAGGAAGUUCAAACAUAUCAGCCGAUGCGAACAAGAGUGGCAGGCAAAACAGUGUUUCAGAAAUGAGUAUGCUUAGGGGUGGGGCUACUAGAGAUACAGGGAAAGCUCCACUUCCUCAUGCUUCUAUGGCUUCUGGCAUGCCUUUCAGAGAACAACAGUUGAAACAGCUUAGAGCCCAGUGCCUUGUCUUUUUAGCAUUUAGAAAUGGUUUGUUGCCAAAGAAGCUGCAUCUUGAAAUUGCACUUGGAAAUUUCUUCCCCAAAGAAGGUGGCAAUACAGAUGGACCUUGCAAGGAGCUGAUUGACCAUAAAGGGAAAGCUCAGUCCUUGAAUGAGCCAAGUAGCAAUCCUGAUGUUAUGAUGCCGUUUGUAAGGCUCAACACUGCAAGGGAAACUGAUAUAAUCCCUCCAGUUGCCUCAUCUACUGGAAGACUCAUGGAGGCUGACUCCUUCCCAAAAGAAGGUGAGAGUCUAAAAGUGUCAGAGGACAAAAAUGGUCCAACUUCUGACAUUUCUGUACUUGCAGAGGAAAAGAAACAUGUUAUAGUUGCGAGAAAACCUGAGGCUGUAACACAUAGUCAGGAAAUAGCAGCUUCACAGGCAUAUCUAAGCAUGGGAUCACAGCACCCAGAUUCUUUCAAUAUGAGUAGGGCAUUUGCUGUUAGUAAUCCUGUGGAAGAUGUUGAGAUUGGCCAUCAGCAAGUUGGAAGAGCUAACCAAGCUGCUUCUACAAUGGGCAUCAAUAAGCAUAUGAACCCAGAGAUAAGUAGCUGGACUGGAAUUGGCAUUCAUAAUGAAGUUUCUAGAGGUCCCUUACUGGCCCCUUCUCAGUAUGAAUCCAUGCCAGAAAGAAAAGAUGGAGUUGACAACGAUCAUCAAACUGCAAUUCAAAUAAAGGAUGCCAUUGUGAUGUCAAAAAAACAAGAUGAGGAAGAUCGGUCGGUAUCUGCUGAUAUGCCAUCUUCUCCGAAGUACACCAUGUCAGAAAAAUGGAUUAUGGGUCAGCAGAAAAAGAAACUCCUAGUUGAGCAAAGUUGGGCACUAAAACAGCAAAAGGCAAAGCAAAGAAUUGCCACUUGUUUUCACAAAUUAAAGGAAAAUGUGAGCUCAUCUGAAGAUAUAUCUGCAAAAACCAAGAGUGUUAUAGAACUGAAAAAACUGCAACUGCUGGAUCUUCAACGCCGUCUCAGGAGGGAUUUUCUGAAUGAUUUCUUUAAACCAAUUACAACUGAAAUGGAUCGCUUGAAAUCGUGUAAGAAACAUAAACAUGGUAGGAGGAUAAAACAAAUUGAAAAGUUUGAGCAGAAAAUGAAGGAAGAGCGACAAAAGAGAAUUCGUGAGAGGCAGAAAGAGUUCUUCAGUGAGAUUGAAGUUCACAAGGAAAGACUCGAUGAUGUAUUCAAAAUUAGGAGAGAACGCUGGAAAGGUUUUAAUAAGUAUGCGAAGGAGUUCCAUAAAAGAAAGGAACGCAUUCAUCGGGAAAAGAUUGAUAGAAUCCAGCGUGAAAAGAUUAACUUAUUGAAGAUCAAUGAUGUGGAGGGGUAUCUGCGAAUGGUGCAGGAUGCCAAAUCAGAUCGUGUUAAGCAACUUCUCAAGGAGACAGAGAAGUAUCUUCAAAAGCUUGGAUCCAAGCUGCAGGAGGCUAAGUCUGUGUCAGGAAGCUUUGAGCAGGAUAUGGAUGAGAUAGGAACUGCAAGUGUUGUUGAGAGUGAAAGUAUUUUUGAAAAUGAAGAUGAAAGUGAUCAAGCAAAGCAUUAUAUGGAAAGCAAUGAGAAGUACUAUUUGAUGGCUCAUAGUAUAAAAGAGAACAUUGCCGAGCAGCCAUCUUCCCUUCUGGGAGGAAAAUUGAGGGAGUAUCAAAUGAAUGGACUGAGGUGGUUGGUUUCACUUUACAACAACCAUUUGAACGGAAUUCUUGCUGAUGAAAUGGGCCUUGGUAAAACCGUUCAGGUUAUUUCUCUAAUAUGUUACCUCAUGGAGACCAAAAACGAUAGAGGGCCUUUUCUUGUGGUCGUUCCGUCUUCAGUUCUACCUGGAUGGGAGUCAGAAAUCAACUUCUGGGCCCCUGGUGUACUCAAAAUCGUCUAUGCUGGGCCUCCUGAGGAGCGGCGUAGCCUAUUUAAGGAAAAAAUUGUUCAUCGGAAAUUCAAUGUCCUUUUGACAACAUAUGAGUAUCUGAUGAAUAAGCAUGACAGACCAAAACUAAGUAAAAUACAUUGGCAUUAUAUUAUAAUUGAUGAGGGUCACCGCAUAAAGAAUGCUUCUUGUAAAUUGAAUGCUGACUUGAAGCACUAUCAGAGCUCUCACCGAUUGCUGUUAACUGGAACUCCACUACAGAACAAUCUUGAGGAAUUGUGGGCACUACUUAAUUUCUUGUUGCCUAAUAUUUUUAAUUCAUCGGAGGAUUUUUCUCAAUGGUUCAACAAACCGUUUCAGAGUAAUGGUGACAAUUCGCCUGAUGAAGCCUUACUGUCUGAGGAGGAGAAUCUUUUGAUCAUAAACCGACUUCACCAAGUACUUCGGCCAUUUGUACUUCGGAGGCUGAAACACAAGGUUGAAAAUCAGCUGCCUGAAAAGAUUGAGAGACUUAUUAGAUGUGAGGCCUCUGCAUAUCAGAAGCUUUUGAUGAAGAGAGUUGAAGAAAAUCUUGGUUCUAUUGGAGCUUCAAAGGCUCGAACUGUCCACAACUCCGUUAUGGAGCUCCGCAAUAUAUGCAAUCAUCCAUAUCUUAGCCAGCUUCACGCAGAGGAGGUUGAUACUUUAAUACCUAAGCAUUAUCUGCCACCGAUUAUUAGACUGUGUGGGAAGCUUGAGAUGCUUGACCGGUUACUACCCAAACUUAAAGCAACAGAUCAUCGGGUUCUUUUCUUUUCCACAAUGACUAGGCUGCUUGAUGUCAUGGAGGAAUAUCUUAAUUUGAAACAAUAUCGGUACCUUCGAUUGGAUGGGCAUACAUCUGGGGGUGAUCGCGGUGCCCUUAUAGAUAUGUUCAACCGACAAGAUUCACCCUUUUUUAUUUUUCUGCUCAGCAUUCGAGCUGGUGGUGUUGGAGUGAAUCUUCAAGCUGCUGAUACUGUGAUCAUAUUCGACACCGACUGGAAUCCACAGGUUGAUCUGCAAGCGCAGGCAAGGGCCCAUAGAAUUGGCCAGAAGAGAGAGGUUCUUGUUCUUCGAUUUGAAACUGUCCAAACUGUUGAAGAACAAGUCAGAGCUGCAGCUGAGCACAAACUGGGAGUUGCUAAUCAAAGCAUUACCGCUGGUUUCUUUGACAAUAAUACAAGUGCUGAAGAUCGGAGAGAGUACUUGGAGUCCCUCCUGCGGGAGUGUAAGAAAGAGGAAGCUGCACCCGUACUAGAUGAUGAUGCCCUAAAUGAUAUCAUAGCCCGCAGUGAAUCAGAGAUUGAUGUAUUUGAAUCAGUUGACAAACAAAGGCGGGAGCAAGAGAUGGCGACAUGGAAGAAAUUGGUAUGUGGACAUGGGAUGGAUGCUUCUGAUCCUUUACCUCUCCUCCCGCCUGCUCGCCUUGUUACAGAUGACGACUUGAAAGAAUUUUGUGAAGCAAUGAAGAUAUAUGAAGUGCCAAAGGCUGGGGUAGUAUCUAACGUCGGGGUAAAGCGGAAGAGUGGGUAUCUUGGAGGCCUUGAUACUCAACACUAUGGACGGGGCAAACGGGCUAGAGAGGUGCGUUCUUAUGAAGAGCAAUGGACUGAAGAGGAAUUUGAGAAGAUUUGUAAGGUUGACUCCCCUGAAUCUCCCAAACCAAACGAAGAAGGGAUGCAGACAAAGUUUGCAACAAAUUCUAGUAGGUCUGUGGGGGCUGUUGUUAGCUUUGAACCUCAUGCUCCAACCCCACUGCCCCCCCCACUGGCCCCCCCACCACCAUCAGGGGAGCCUCUGAUUUUGCAGCAGAGCAAAGAGGUAACACUGCCUUCAAAACGGGGCCGAGGAAGGCCGAAAAGAACAACAUUGGAUAAGUCACCAGCUGCCAUGGCUCCUUUAGCACCUACUGGACCUGUCGAAAUGACAAAUUCAACAUCAGGUUCUGAUUUGUUACCUGGUUCUACUAUAGGGGAGGGUACAAGUGGAACCAUGCAUCAUAUUGGUGUAGGGAUUACACCAAGCUCUCAGCCUGCCACUGUUUUACCUCCUGUUACUCCUGGCUCUGAACCAACUGUUGCUGCCCCUUCUGUAUCCAUUCAAGCAAAAGGACAAGGUCGGAAAACUCAAAGUGGAGUUGAAGCCCCCCGGCGUAGGGGAAAGAAACCGGGGCUGGUAACACCUGCUGUGCCUGAUGCUUUAGUUGGUCCUGAUCCACGACUAAAUGAGCAAUCACAAAUUCAAGCCCUAAAUCCAUCUGGGAGUCAAGCCAUUGCCAUGAGUGGAAAUAUAUCUGACCAUACUUCAGAUUCUUUACCCAGUUCUGCUGCCUUAACAUGUUCUACUGGAACUGAUCAGCAUUCUGAUGUGGGGAUUGCUUUGAAUUCUCAGGCAAUCCCCCCUUUGCCUUCUGCUUCUUUGGUUUCUCAAUCCACCCCACCUUGUCCUUCUGUACCCUUGCAAAUUAGAGCUCAAAGCCAAAAGACUCCAAGUGGAGGUGGAGUGCCUCGGCGUAGGGGGAGGAAACCAGCAAUGGUUUCACCUGCAGUUUCAGGUGUGUUGGCUGGCCAGGAUUCAAAACCAAAUGCACAUUCACAGGAUAAAUCUGGUUAUUCAGAGCUUAUUAAGAAAGAGAAUAAUGCUCAUGAAAUGACAACUGUUGUCCAGGAGCAAACAUGUCAUCCACCUGACGGUGUUUCUGGUCAGGAUAAAAAAUUAAUUGAACAGCUGGAUAAUGUUGCCCAAGCCAAGCAGAUAACAGGUUCAUCAACAAUGCAAGAAAAUGCUGCCAGAUUGCCAGGGAAUGCCUCAGGGAAAACUCAAAAUACUGGUAUGUGUGAGAAGCAACCUGUGGCAGUUGAGGUUUUGUCUGAAAAUGUUUUGUCAAAACCGAAACUUAGUGAGCUUUUGAAUAGCCCAGGUGGGGUUGUUGCAAGUGUAACUGUAUCAAGUAAUACUGUUGUUGAGACGAUAAAAAGCUAUAGUUCAGAGGAUAAAAGCCAUCCGGUGGUGUCUGCUUCGAAUGCUGCAGCUCCAGUUUUUGCUCUUCCAGCUGAUUCAUUCUCUAGCUCUCCUUCCAUGGAAGGCCUCAGUGUGACAGUGCCUAAUGUUGCUGCCAAGAUUGCUCCUAAUCCUGAGUCAACUGCUUCUUAUGCUUAUGUUGCCCCAGCCUCUCAAUCUAUCCCUCCUUGCCCUUCUGAACCUAUACAAAUCAAAAGGCAAGGUCGUAAGACUCCAGCCAGAGUAGAGGCAACCCGGCGCAGAGGAAAGAAACAUUCUAUAGCAGCACCUGCUGUUCCUGAUGGUUUGCUUGGUCAGGAUCAAAAAUCAAGUCUGCAAUCACAGAAUAGAUCUGGGGAUUCGAUGGGGACCAAAGCCAUUUCCCUGAGAGGUAAGCAGGGAACUGAUGUGCAGGAACCAAGCGUUGUUAUUCAAGCUCCAGCAUGUGAAGUCCAUUCACCUGGAGGUUUAACUGUUCAUGAUCCAAAAAGAAAAGAGCGAUCAGCCAAUGCUACCCAAAAUAAGCAGCCAACCAGCUCAUCAGCAAAGCUUGAAAGUGGUUCUGGGACUUCAGAUAAGACGUCUGCUUUAGGUCGAAUUCAGACUGCUAAUGUGAAUGAUGUUGCUCGUGUGAUGAAGGAGGUUUUUUCAGGAACUUGCUCUCCAAAAACUCGAAUUGUCGAGUCAUUUGGAAGUGAAGGGAGGGAUCCCCCAAAAUUAGCUGUAUCAAGUAAAACCUCAGUGGAGGUAACCAAAAUUGAGAGGUCGGAGGAUAAAGCAUGUUCAGCUUUGCCAACCAUGGAAAAAACACCUCCAGCUUUUGUUGAAGAGCAAUUGGAGACUAAAGCUGAGGGGAAAGUCGAAGAUGACAGGGCCUCUGUUGUGAGUGAGAGCCUUGUUCCCAUGAUCAAUGGAGACCAACCUCAGAACAAUUAUGCUUCUGGCUCCAUUGGUGAGGUGGAAGAUUCAGGACAGCUUUCUAAUGAAAACUCAACUUUGCCAAAUAAAACAGAGGGCAUUUGUGCGGCUCCUCUCAAUGCUGGCCAAAAGAAUGUUGAUGCUUGCCUGAGAACACCUCAGGAUAGUGAUCUUCCUGGAUUUAGCACUGGGGCCUCUAGCGAUCAGGUGUAUUCAUCUUCGAUAUGUCCAGUUGAGGUGGAGUCUCCUGUUGCUUUUGAUAAUGAUUCCACUGAAAAAACAGGGUCUUCUGCAAAAGAGUCUCCAAAGUCAUCUCACCUUGAUGUUGUUAGUGGCAUUGUAUAUCCCACAAUUUCCACAGAGACUGAAGUUGCUGAUGAUAAUCCUGGAACUACCCAACUGCUUUCUAAUGAAAAGCCAAACAUGCCAAGUAAAAUGGAGACGAUAUGUACAGACUCUCUCAGUUCUGGCCAGAAAGAUGUUGAUCCUGCCUGUCUGGAUGGUGAUCUUGCUAGAUUUAGUACAGGGGUCUCUGGGGACCAGGUAGGUUCAUUUUUGGUGAGGCCAGGUGAAGUGGAGCCUGCUAUUGAAUUUGAUCAUAAUUUGGGAAAUAAAUCUGAGUCUUCUUUACGAAAGUCCCCAAAUUCAUCUCCCCUUGAUAUUAGUGGCCAAGUAUGUCCCAUGAUUUCUACGAGGACCGAUGAUGCCAGUGAGAAUCCUGGAACUACCUCAGCUGUUCCAACAAAUCCAGAUCAUUCAGACGUGGUGAAGUCUCCUAAUGUGGCUGAGUGUGGUUCUGGAAAUGAAACAAAACAUUUUGUUCAGGUGCCUGUGAGAUCUUCUGAUGAUAUUAACUUCCCUGAAGGUCUUGGAGUUCUAGGAAAAUCUGAUGAUGUUGGUGAUCAUCUUAGAGGCACCUCACCUAUUUUGGAAACUCCAGAUAACUCACGCCUAGUAGUGGCUGCUGAUGUGGUUGAGACUGAGAUUGGUUCUGGGAACAAAACUGAGAGUGCUGUUGAAGAAUCUUCUCCUUGUGAUGUCAGAAGCAUUGAGUGUACCACGAGUCCCAUAAUAGCUGAUGAUAUUGGUGAUCAUUCCAGUGUGGUGGAGCAUCCUGGUGUAACCAAGGGUAAUUUUGAAAACAGUGUAGACCCUUCUCCAGAAGUGUCUCCCAAAUCUUCUUCUCUAGACAUUAAAAGUCUUCAAGCUAAAGCUACUGAAUGCUCUGGUGAAGCUAUUGUAGAGGGCUUGGAACUUCCCCAAAAAGAUAUUAAUGCUGGAGAUAUUCAGGAACCAGUUGGCACUGCAUCAGGUUAUGGUACUCCAAAAUCAGAUCAGACUCCCUCUGACAAGGGCCAAACAGGUGUUCCAUGUGGUGUUGGUGAAGAUGAAGGGGAAGUUAGGUUGGAGACUGUGCACUCAGUGGUUGCAUCUGCUAAUGCUAAUGAUGUUCCAUUGCCGCCAGAAAUUCAAAGUUCUGGGGCUGACUGUGUUGGGAUUUGCAAUAUGGAAGUGGACCUAACUGAGGGUUUGUCUGAGCAGGAUCCAAUUAGCACCUUAGUACUACUGGAGGAUUCAGAAUGUCCUGAAGCUGAGAUGAGUGAUGCAACUGAUGCAUCUCAGGUUUGUGAGAUUUUUCCAGAAAGAAACGUAUCAGGAAACAGUGAAAUGCCUUCAUCAUUAUUGGUGACCGAGGGAAAGGAGGUUGACACGUAUAUGAGUCCACUUGGCAGCUCAUUUGCCGUGGAGGAUUCAAAACGAUCUAAACCUACAAUGGAUGAUCAAAUGAAUGUUCCUCUGGUUUGUGGGACUGCACCGGUGAGCAUUUUAGAAGACAUGGAUCUGCCUCAAUGUUCCUCAGCCACAGAGGGUAGAAAUAUUGAGAGCUCAUCUGAGAAGGGUCCAGUUGGUAGCAUAAUGGCAAUGGAGCAAUCAGUUGGUUCUAAACCUGAAAGGGAUGAUCAAACAGAUGAUUUUUUGGAUCAUGAACUUGUGGCAGGUAAUGUCUUAGAAAGUGUGGAUUUGCCUAUAUGUCCAUCAGCAACUGAGAGUGAAAAUGUUGAUGGUUUAUUGGAGAUGGGUCCUGGUGGCAGCUCAGAAGCAGUGAAUGUAUCAAAAGGGUUGGAAGCUGAAGAGGCUCAACAAAUAGACGUUUCUGAGCACAGUGGGCUUCUACUUUCAAGUAUAUCAGAACAUGUGGUUCUGCCUUCUGUUUCCUUGGAGGAAGAGGACAAAAAGAUCAGCUUUGACAAGGAUCCAGUUACUAGCUCAGUUCCACUGGAGGAAACUCAUGGUUCUGAAGCUGAAAUGGGUGAUCAAAUGGAGGCAUCGCAGGCUUGUCUGAUUGUUCCAGAAAAUACUGUGUCAGAAAACAUGGAUUUGCCUUCAUCUUCUUUAAGAACAGAGAAAGAGGAAACUGAGGGUUUGACUGAGAAGGGUCCAGUUAGCAGCCUGGAAGAAUCAUUUUGUCCUGAAGCUGAGAUGUGUGGUGGAGAUGGUGCAUCUCAGGUUUGUGGGACUUUGCCACAAGAAAAUAUAUCAGAAGACAUUGAUCUGCCUUCAUCAUCCAUGGCGGAGGAGAAAAAGGUUGAGGACUCCAAUAUGUGUUCAGUUAGUAGCUCAGCAGCCCUGGAGGAGAAAAAGGUUGAGGACUCCAAUAUGUGUUCAAUUGGUAGUUCAGCAGCCCUGGAGGAAUCAAAAGCCGAAAUGGAUGAUCAAAUUAUGGUUUCUCAUGUUUGUGGCAUUGUGCCAGGAAAAGCUUCAGAAAACAUGGAUCUGCCUCAUAGUCCCUCUGCAACAGAAGUUGGAAAUAUUGAGGGCUUAUCUGAGAAGGGUCCAGUUGACAGCUUAGUAGCAGUGGAGGAAUCAAAUGAUCGGAUGAAUUUAUCUCAGGUUCCUGGGAUUGUGCAGGGUGAAAAUAUAUCUGAAGACAAUAAUCUGGCUUCAUUUUCCAAAGUGAAUGAGGAAGAAAAGGUUGAGGACUGCUCUGAUAUGGCUCCAGUUGCCAGCUCGGUGCCACAGGAGGAAACAAACGGAUCUGAAGCUCAGGUUUGUGAGAUUAUGCAAGGGGAAAAUAUGUCAGAAGACAUUCAUCUGCUUUCAUCUUCCAUGGUGCCUGAGAAAGAAAAUGUUGAGAACUCAGAAAGAGCUCCAUUUUCCCGCUCAGUGGGAGUGGAGGAAUCAAAAGUGUCUGAAGCUGUGGUCUGUAGGCUUGUGCCCGAAAAUGUUUCAAGAAAUUUGGAUCUGCCUCAAAGUAUCUCAGCAGCAGAGGGUGAAAUUAACGAGGGCUUAUCUGAGAAGGGUCCAAUUGGCAGCUUAGUAGCAACCGAGGAAAAAAAUGAUUCUAAACCUGAUACGGUUGGGGAAAUGGAUGCUUCGCCAGUUGAUACAACCGUGCUCGAAAAUGUUCCAAAAAUUUUGGAUCUCACUCAAAGUAUCGCAGCAGCAGAGGGUGAAAUUAACGAGGGCUUGUCGGAGAAGGGUCCAAUUGGCAGCUUAGUAGCAACCGAGGAAACAAAUGAUUCUAAACCUGACAUGGUUGAUGAAAUGGAUGCUUCGCGGGUUGAUACAACCGUGCCAGAAAAUAACGAGGGCUUGUCUGAGAAGGGUCCAAUUGGCAGCUUAGUAGCAACCGAGGAAACAAAUGAUUCUAAACCUGAUAUGGUUGAUGAAAUGGAUGCUUCGCUGGUUGAUAAAACCGUGCCAGAAAAUGUUUCAAAAGAUUUGGGCCUGCCUCAAAGUAUCGCAGCAGAAGAGGGUGAAAAUUACGAGGGCUUGUCUGAGAAGGGUCCAAUUGGCAGUUUAGUAGCAACCGAGGAAACAAAUGAUUCUAAACCUGAUACGGUUGAUGAAAUGGAUGCUUCGCCGGUUGAUAAAACUGUGCCAGAAAAUGUUUCAAAAGAUUUGGGUCUGCCUCAAAGUAUCGCAGCAGCAGAGGGUGAAAAUAACGAGGGCUUGUCUGAGAAGGGUCCAAUUGGCAGCUUAGUAGUAACUGACACAGUCGAUGAAAUGGAUGCUUCGCCGGUUCAUAAAACUCUGCCAGACAAUGUUUCAGCGAACGUGGAUUUGCCUGUGUGUUCAUCACCUGCAGAAAGUGAAAAAGUUGAGGACUCAUCCGAGAAGGCUCCAGCCGAUAGCUCAGAAGAAGUGGUUCUCAACUCAUCCAAGAAGGCUCUGGCCGAGAGCCCAGAAGAAGUGGAUCUCAACUCAUCCGAGAAGGCUCCGGCUGAUAGCUCAGAGGAAGUGGAUAAGUUAAAGUUUUCCGAAGCUGGAGUAUAAAUGUAGAAUUUCCUUGUACAGUUCUUGCUGUCAUUUCCUGCUGAUAUCAAUUGAUUCUACAACGGCUCAAUUAGACGAUAUGUAGUUGAGAAUUUUAUUACCCUAUAUCUAAGUUAUCACCUGCUUUCCAGUUAUUUGUUGAUCGAGCAUUGUUAUAUAUUAAGCAAUCUAGCCAAACUCUUCAGGACAUUUUCAUGUUUUGCUUUUGCUGUAUGUAAAAAUUAUAUUUUGGCAGAUGCAAGGAAAUUGGAGUCUGGAUUUGCAUGCAA